UAGAGUAAAAUACCAAACACAUGAACUGCAUGUUGCCACUGCAACAUUCUGGACUCUUCUUGCACUGGCGUUUCUUUGACACUUGGGUCAAAUUGAAGCUUGCUACAUAAAUGACGAGACGUUCUCGCGUUUGGCACAACGCACCGCAAGCACAACAAAAUGACAGCCAUGCAGCUUUUAUUGACAACAACAACAGAAACAGCAACAGAAACCGAAACAGGAUCAGGAACAGGAACAGCAACCGAAACAGCAUCCAUGCAAAAGACUACAAUGGCGGAAUAUUGGCAACAACAGCAACAGGAACUGGAACAGCACACACAUCGAAAAUCACGGACGAGAUGCCCGGACAAUGGGAAAACGAUUUGGGCUGUCGGCCUGACAUUUGCGCUCCUCACUUGCCUGCAGCUGAAAUCGGUCCUUGUGAUGGCGGACGAGGAGUCGCAGGACUUUCAAAAGAACAUACCCGCUCGCUUGGUUUGGGCCGCUUUGGGCAAAACCGUGGAGCUGCCCUGCGACUUGACGCCUCCCACGCCACAAGACUCCGUGAAGCUGCUUCUUUGGUUCAAGGACACGACAGGCAUUCCCCUGUACAGCCUGGACUCGCGAGGCGGAAACGUGAAGCUGGCACCCCACGCCGCCAUAGCUAGCGAUCUGGGCCAGCGCCUGUUCUUCAGCAUAGGCGAUAAUCCCAAGGACUCUCGCCUCCAGAUCAACGAUGUCAAGCCGGAGGAUGGCGGCGUCUACCGAUGUCGCAUUGACUUCUUCAACUCCCCAACUCGUAACUUCCGGCACAACUUGACUUUAGUCGUGCCACCCGAGGAACCUCGCAUUUUCGACGCCCAAGGCAAGGAAAUAGCGCAAAUGGCAGGUCCUUUUCGCGAGGGCUAUGAGCUCUUUCUCUGCUGCCAAGUUAAAGGAGGGCGCCCCCCGCCGAAGGUCACCUGGUGGCGCGACGACACCGAGCUAAUCGGCAGCAGUCACACCUCCGUGGAGGAGGGAGCCACCAUGAUGGUUAAUCAGCUGCUGAUUGGAACCACCACCCGCGACUUCUUUGGGACGCGCAUCGAGUGUCGGGCGCAGGGCACGCGUCUGGUGGAUCCUGUUCGCAAGGAUGUCACGGUGCAGGUUCACUUAAAACCUAUUCGUGUUAAAAUCGCCACACCUAAUGACUUGCUAACUGCUGGCCAUCCGGUGCCCAUUCGCUGCGAGUCCUGGGGCUCAUAUCCUGCGGCCAAGAUCACCUGGCUGAUGGACGGGGAGCCCAUCCGGAAUGCCGAGGUCACCGUGCAUAGUGACAAGGAGGAUGGAAACAUCACCACGAGCAUCCUAACAUUGAAGGUAACUGCGGAGAACGAUAAUGCCGAGCUGACGUGUCGCGCCACGAAUCCUUGGUUCUCCGGUGGCGCCAUCGAGGACAAGCGCAUCAUUCGAGUGGCAUAUCCACCCACCGUGUCGGUGCACUUGGCCAACGAGGAUCCCAGCCGGUUGGUAACGCGGGCCGAGGGCCAGAAUGUCACGUUCAAGUGCCGGGCAGAUGCCAGACCUCCGGUUACCAGCUACGCCUGGUUCAAGAAUGGCAUGCGUAUGUCAGGCGAGGCCUCGGAAAUAAUGCAUUUGACGCAGCUGGAGAGGGAGAGUGCGGGGGCGUACGCCUGCGGAGCUUCCAACUCGGAGGGCGAGACGCGGAGCUCCAGCCUCACUCUGAAAGUGCAGUUCUCGCCACGCUGUAAGUCGGGCACCGAGCAAACAUCCAUUGGAGCCGUCAGCCUGCACUCGAUUCUGGUCAAAUGCGAGGUGGAUGCCGAUCCACCGGACUCAGUUCGGUUCAGCUGGACGUACAACAACACCCGCAACGUGUCGCCGGUGCUCAACUCGAGGAUUCAGUCGAAUGGACUGGCCAGCACGGUGACGUACCUGCCGCAGUCGGACUCCGAGUUAAUAACACUGGCCUGCUGGGCCAGCAACGCCGUCGGCCGCCAGACGACGCCCUGCCUGGUGCACAUUCUCCCUGCAAAUACCCCGGAGGCACCAAAGGCCUGCGAACUGCGCAACGACACCGUCCUGGAGGUGGUCUGUGUGGCGGGCAGCGACGGAGGACUGACCCAAUACUUCAUGCUGGAGGUGGUGGGCGGAGACCUGCUCUACUCCAGCGAUCCGGGCACGGGCCAGAACCGAGGACAAUUCGGCGAGGCCAUCGGCCUGGGCGAGAACGAGAUAUCCACGCUGAACGAUCAGGCGACAUCUGCACCCAUCUUCCGCAUGCAGGAGAACAGUCCACAGUUUCGUUUGAAUAAUUUAGAGCCGGGACGUGAAUAUCAAUUUUUAGUUUACGCCGUCAACGCCAAAGGGCGCAGCGAGCCGCCGGUGGUGAUUGAGAAUGUACGCGUGGCCGCCCAACUGGGACCAUAUGAUGAAUCUAUCCUGUCGGAGGACCCAACGCCCGCAGAAACGACGCACCAUGUGGGCGGCGGGGGAGCGGGCGGCGGAGGCGGUAACGGCGGCGUGGGGACCGGCGCCAGUACCGGCAGCGGACCGGAGAAGCAGUCGACGCUGCUGAUUCUAGCCGCCACCGUGGUGAUAGGCGCCGUCGUGGUGACGUCAAUUAUCGUGGCCGGCAUCGUGGUGGUCUGCCGGCACAGGCCGCGGCCACCUGAGCCGCAGGAGGUGCGCAAGAGCAUGAGGCCUGCGCGCAAUGAUGUGCCCAGCAUGUACAUCGAGGAGGAUGAGCUGAACGAGCUGGAGGAGGGCGGCGGACGAGCGGCCGAGAUACGGGCCCGGGUCGCCCCGGCCACCGCCCACCUGUGCGGCGGAGGCGGUGGUGGCGGCAUGGUGCCCGGAGUGGGCUCCAGUGGCGGCGCCAUUGUUGGCGUGGCCGGCCCUCAUCACUACAUCUCCGAGAGCUUCAUCCAGUACGCGCAGCCCAGUCUAAACGGCGAUGUGCUGCUGCCCCUGCUCGUAACGUCCAGCCAGCCUCGAAACGUCUCGUCCCCCGCCGUCUCGAGCGUGGUCUUGGCCCUGGAGCCCUCGGCAUCCCAGGCGACAGCUGCCUGGCCGCCCAAAUACCCGGAUCUGAUAUUGCCGCGCGGCGAAUUGGAAUUUACGACCCUGGAUCCAACGCUGAAGUAAUUGUAAAAAGUAAUAAUAAAUAUCUGCCAUAGUGGGCGAACACAACAAACUGAAAUAGACACACACAUCCUGCAUACCCACCACACUGACACACACAGAUCGGCGGUGAGGCCUCAUAAUUCACGGGCAUUUCAUUUAACAUAGCUGUAAAUUUUUAGCAUAAAUUUAAAUGCAUUAGCGUAAAAGGUAGAAGGCAUUACUCCGUAUUAGGUGCGUUGGAGGAUAUACAUUUGUGUGUGUGUAGGUACAGGUACCGAUACCGAUACAGGAUACGGAUUAGGGAUAAGGAUAAGCCAUUUUGUAAUUGUCAGCCAUUUAAGUGUCAUACGAAUUGCGAAUGCAGAAUCAAAAUAAAUCAGAACCCAUAAGCAAAACGACGGCAACAUCAGCUGCGCUAUAAAUACGCUACCGACUUGUAACUGAAAUCAAAAUAUGAAACAUGUAAAUAGCAUAUACCACACACCAUUACACUACUAUAUAGAUCAUCGUACGGAUAUCGUUGCUGUUGCACCAUCGACUGUAAAUAGAGAACGGGCAAACAUUAAUCAAACUGCAUUUAAGUGUUAAAAAUUAAUUGUAAUUAAUGAACAACUAGUACGUAAGCUACUAGCCAGACUAAGGAGUGUGUAUUUCAAGUGUAAUUAGACUCAUAGAGCUCGAAGCCAACUGAGAGUUAUUGGUUAUCAGAACCCGUUUAUGCCUGUGUACAAUGAUACUUAUAUAAAUCCAUUAGCUGUUAAAUCCCAAUCUCUCGGUACUGGCCAACAAAUUAAAAUAUUUCCAGCAUCUGUCCCGGCUAUUUCCGGCCACAUCUCUGCAAUUCCUUUGUUGUCCUGGCCAUUUCAUGGCCGCUAUUUAUGGCAGUUCAUGAAUAUUCUAUUGCCCCGACCAGCCGAGGCUAAUGCCAAGAUGCGGCAUCCGCCAAAGUGGGAGUUGUUCGGAUGCAUAAUGAAUAAAUGACGAUUCCCAGAGUUCAUAGUUCACAGUACGACCUAGGCCCCCCCCCUACCCAACUACAGCCAUAAAACUGAAUUCAUUGUAAAUGUUAUAAAUACCUAAAGUAACCGAGCAGAAAGGACGACAUAAAAGUAAUAAUAAUAAUAAUAAUGAUACGCCAUACAGUUUACACAGUACUUCAAUGUAAUUCGAAUUCUAAUUUCAAAUAUACAAAAAUAAAACGAAAUGGCAGACUAGCAAAAUAUACAGUGCGUAUGCGUAAUAAAGUAAAUUGAAAUAGUUAUACAUAUAGACACAUAUAUAUGGAAACAUUGGGGGAUCUGGAGCCCCCACCCGUUCUCUGUCUCUGUCACUCUGGACAAAACCAAACUGAUUGUUUUUAAGCAAGUUAGUCUUACGAAUGAAUUAAAUUUAAUGAGAGGAAGCAAACUUUAAAGUGAAAUACGUUUAAACUAAGUCGAAACUACUGAGUGUGUUAAUAAUACAAAUAAUAAUA